CUGAACGCUUGAUGCCACAUUGUGGACUGCAAUUUUGGAUUUCUUGGGAUUCGACUCUUAAUAUUUUUCGGGAGGCGGGGGGCAAAUGUCAAAAUGAUGCAAGAGAUUUCGGUCUCCAUGUCUUGUGAUGCUCAGUUGGUGGAAAAUAUGACCGAGGAGGAGAUUCUGGCCUGCCUGGUGGCUGAAACCGGACCCCAGUUCCCGGAGGUCCCGACAAAGAAAGCCAAAUUGAGGGAAAUCCGUCUUCAAUUGAUGGACGAGGAGGAGGAAGACCCACUCAACAAAUGCCAGAUGGAGAACCGUCGUCUUCAGCAGGCCAGCCUCCGCCUGGAGCAGGAGAAUGACAAUUUGGCUCACAGGCUCAUCACCAGCAAAGUGGCCCUCAGGAGCGCCUUGGAUAAAGCAGAGGACAGUGUGGAAGUGCUGACCGGCGACCUGUUGGUGACUCGACGUCAACUGCAGGCCACCGAGGAGGAGAAGCGAGGGAAGGAGGAGGAAGCGGCCAUGUUGAAGGAAGUGUUGCGGCGUGAGCUGGAGCGGGCCGAGCAGGAAGUAAAGCGGUCAUCGGGCAUCAUCGCCGACUACAAACAGAUCUGUCAUCAGCUGACCACGCGUUUGGAGAAGCAACAAGACGUGCACUCGGAGGAGGUCCGCUCGCUCAAGAGUGUCUUAACAGCGUGCCCGCACUGUUGCCGUGGCGUGUCAGAAUCAGGGGAAGAAGAAGAAACGUCAGAUCACAAGUCCGACAACGCACCUUUGCCGCCACUUGAUCGCAGCAUAGCGGCGGUGCUGGAAUGGGAACAGCGGCACUCGGGGCCCACAGCAGCAGAACUGAGGCGUGAGAACCAGGAAAAAGCAUCCCUCAAGGCUCAGAUUAGGCAGCUGGAGAAGGAGCUGGCUCAGACUAAAUUGCAAGUAGUGGAGGCUAACUGCAAGAUCCAGGAGCUAGAGCACGAGAGGGGAAUCCUGGCAAACGACCUCCAGGACGCCAAGAACAACUGGAUCAGCAAAGCCUUCACUUCGCUGCGCACGUCCACCGACGGAGGCCCGUACGGAGGCCCCCUUUCCGGAUGGAAACUGUCGUGGCCUCACAAAGACAACCGAGAAAAUGUGUGACAAGCGCGACGCCCCAAAUAUGAGACUGCGCGAUUAUAUCAUGCUAUGAACACUAGAGGGCGUCACUACGGUACAGAGCAAAUGAAGCUUUUCAAAAUCAGCGAAUGCUCACGGUCUGAUGAGAACUCCAGCUUUUUCAUUUUCACUGGGUCCAGAAUUUGAGUUUCAUGUUUUUGUCAUGUUAUAAAAUGAAGUUAUACAAUUAAAUACUGAUUAUGCAAAGGAAAGAAAACAAUAAAUGGGUAAAAUAAGUUUUUACAAAGGUAUAUACACUCACCAGCCACUUUAUUAGGUACACCAUGCUAGUAACGAGCUGGACCCCCUUUUGCCUUCAGAACUGCCUCAAUUCUUCGUGGCAUAGAUUCAACAAGGUGCUGGAAGCAUUCGUCAGAGAGUUUGGUCCAUAUUGACAUUAUGGCAUCACACAGUUGGUGCAGAUUUGUUGGCUGCACAUCCAUGAUGCCAAUCUCCCGUUCCACUACAUCCCAAAUAUGCUCUAUUGGAUUGAGAUCUGGUGACUGUGGAGGCCAUUUAAGUACAGUGAACUCAUUGUCAUGUUCAAGUAACCAGUCUGAGAUGAUUCCAGCUUUAUGACAUGGUCCAUUAUCCUGCUGAAAGUAGCCAUCAGAAGUUGGGUACAUUGUGGUCAUAAAGGGAUGGACAUGGUCAGCAACAAUACUCAGGUAGGCUGUGGCAUUCCAACGAUGCUCAGUUGGUACCAAGGGGCCCAAAGAGUGCCAAGAAAAUAUUCCCCACACCAUUACACCACCACCACCACCAGCCGGAACCGUUGAUACAAGGCAGGAUGGAGCCAUGCUUUCAUGUUGUUGACGCCAAAUUCUGACCCUACCAUCCGAAUGUCGCAGCAGAAAUCGAGACUCAUCAGACCAGGCAACGUUUUUCUUCUAUUCCUCUAUUGUCCAAUUUCGAUGAGCUUGUGCAAAUUGUAGCCUCAGUUUCCUGUUCUUAGCUGAAAGGAGUGGCACCCGGCGUGGUCUUCUGCUGCUGUAGCCCAUCUGCCUCAAAGUUCGACGUAAUGUGCAUUCAGAGAUGCUCUUCUGCCUACCUUGGUUGUAAUGGGUGGUUAUUUGAGUCACUGUUGCCUUUCUAUCAGCUCGAACCAGUCUGGCCAUUCUCCUCUGACCUCUGGCAUCAACAAGGCAUUUCCGCCCACAGAACUGCCGCUCACUGGAUAUAUUUUCUUUUUCGGACCAUUCUCUUCAAACCCUAGAGAUGGUUGUGCGUGAAAAUCCCAGUAGAUCAGUAGUUUCUGAAAUACUCAGACCUGCCCUUCUGGCACCAACAACCAUGCCACGUUCAAAGUCACUCAAAUCACCUUUCUUCCACAUACUGAUGCUUGGUUUGAACUGCAGGAGAUUGUCUUAAACCAUGUCUACAUGCCUUAAUGCACUGAGUUGCCGCCAUGUGAUUGGCUGAUUAGAAAUUAAGUGUUAACGAGCAGUUGGACAGGUGUACCUAAUAAAGUGGCCGGUGAGAGUACAAUCAAUAGUUUUCACAAAAAAACUUUGCGAAAUAUAAAAAGCUUUUUUUAGUCGUUUACCAAACAAACAGGCUAAGAAUAGAAAAUAAAGAUCAUGUAAUGUCUUUUUUGUUGUUGUUGCUUUUUUGAAGGGAAAAAAAAAAAAAAAAAAGAAAAACAAAGCUCUUGCAGACAAAAUCAACUUCUUGGACAAACUUUAAAAGACGUUCAUAUUAAAACUAAUUUUUAUCUGUCUGUAAAUUUUGUUCAUCUUUGUUUUCUCCUGAACCAAAAGACCAAAACUAAAAAAAAAAAAAAAAAAAAAAAAAACCCAAAAAAAGAUAUUACAUAGAGAGAUAUUAAAGAAAGAAUGAAAAAAAGUCUGAAAAUCAAGAAAAAAACUUUUUUUUUUUUGGCCUAUAACUGCCCGGCGACUAGUUUAGGGUCUCGUCCGCCUUUCGCUCAAGAUCAGCUGUGGUAGGCUACGAUAAGCAGUGUUGAAACA